AUGGAGAAGCCUACCUUUCUAAGGAGGUUAUACACAAGAGGAGCUGAACCGGAAGCCCAAAAGAACAUUUCCUGUAGCAGCAACGACAAAAAGCUGUUUACUGCCGUGAAACAACUACUGAGUGAUGCCGAGUGGGUAACACUAUACAACUCGCGAGUUGGUGUCUUCUGCAAAUUUCACGACCUCAAAUUCGAGUGGUCUUCAAAGUUGGUUCACAGAAUGCUCUCAUAUCAGUUAGAGUGCAAGAAGAAGUAUGAGAUCUGGAGUGCGGUUGGGGAUAGCCCGAUGAGAUUUUCCUGCAUGAGUUUGGACGUCUCACAGGUCUCAACUACGACUAUGUGGAGGAUGUUUGGUCCGAGUAAAAUGGAGCUCAUUCGUGCAUGCCAAUGGGCAACAGACUGGCCGAAAGAGGACAAACUUAAGCUUGGUUACUUGACCAUCUAUACUGGCUUCAUUGCUGCUCGGAAAAAAACCUCGCACACUCGUGUGAGCCUGGUCAGAUUAGUGAUGGAUGAAGAGGAGUUUGAGAAUUAUCUGUGGGGGCAUGUAGGUUUUAAGAACCUGAUUGAAGCCAUCAAAGAAGCAGAGCUAUGGAAGUCUGGGUAUUUCCUGGAUGGGUUAUUUGUGGUUCUACAAGUAUGGGCAUAUUGUUUCAUGCCUGAAUUCGGAGCCAGUCCUGGUGCGCCCAUACCAGACGCUCCAAAUACUCCGCUCUUGGCUUACAAAGGAAUCCAAGGGUUAAGAAACAUUGAACUCAUGAUAUUGAAGCAGGUGAACUUUGAUCACUGCAUAAUGGUGGAGAGAGACUUUGUUUACCCAAAGUGGGAUGAGCAUAAAGAAGAUCCGCUCGUAGAUAAUCUCAUUAGGGCACUGUACGGAGAGCUAGGCCAGUGGAAGAGGAAGCCGGAGGACUGGAAUCCUCAAGGUGUUCUGGUCAAGAAUUCUAAACCCGCAGAGUCUGUAAAGAGGAAAAGAUCCUCAGACCAUGGAGAUGAAAUGCAGAAGAGGCUGUGUCCUGAGAGCGUUUCCCUUGCUGAAGAUGGCUUCAGUCGCUUCCAUGAGAAGCUGAAGUUUCUGUUUGCAGAUGGCUUCAGUAAGUUGUCUGCGGAUAUGAAGUUGGGGUUUGAACAGUCUGAUUCAAAGUUCACGAUCCUAACUAGGAAGGUGGUCCGCAUAAAAAAACCCGUCCAGACUAUGCAAGUAGCAUCAAGGCAUCUGGACCCCGAACCUGAGGCGCCUAAACAGAAGAAUGAGCUGUUUGGUGAAGAGGGUGAUGCUAGAGCCGAGGAGAAGGCUGCCACUCCCAAGAAGGACAAUCAGGAGGAGGAGGCUGCAUCCGAGGAGAAGGUUGCCGAUAACACUGCCGAGAAGGCUGCCACUCCUAAGAAGAACAAAGCUCCAGCUCGGAGACAGCGACAGCUGGCCGCUUCACAACGGUCUCCGUUUGUAGGAGAUAGCACAGUGAAGGGAAUCAUUCCUAACAAGUCACAGCUUGGGUUUGGGUACAAGGAGAGGCUCGCACAGAUGAAGAAAUAG